AUGGAGUACGGCUGGUCCGCCUUCGCGGAAAACGACAAGUGCAACUAUGAGAACCUGCCGUGGCUGUUGUUCACGGUUGGGGUGUGCAUCCCGCUGCUGGUGAUCCCGCUGAGCUUCUUGCUGCCGCGCGUGCGCAUCAUCGAUGACGUCGACAUCGACGGCAACGUGGUGCGCGCACAGGUGGACAAGAAGGUGGUGGCGGAGGAGGUGCUGACGGAGUCCUCCACGGAGGAGCCGAUAAACCACCCUGAGAAGCGGGAGGCUUAA